AUGGUGCAAGUCAGGAAAUCAGUACUGAAGAGUCAUCUUUCUCCAACUACAGCACCAUGCAAGUGCAAUGCCAUUACCACAAUACCAUUUUAACUAAGACAACCGCCGCUCCCCUCACUUGGUACGUUUUUCUUUAUGUCGUGAAGGUUCGAGUAGCCGAAUUCUUUGUAGGGAUAUGCGUGAAGCUGCAGGGUGAGGCUUGAAAAUAAGUAACCAACAAUAAUAGUGGGGACUGUUCUGCAUACGAGCAACCAGUUUAUCUCGCGAAA